AUGACGCGGGCGUUCGCGCGUCGCCCGUCGGCCGCGACGCCGCGGGCCGUCCGGGCGCCGCGCGGACGCGCGCGCGCGAUCGUUCGCGCCGACGGCGCCGCGCGCGCGUCCGAGGCGCAGCGCGUGCUGAUCACGGGGAGCACGCGAGGCUUGGGAUACGAGUUGGCGAAGAGCUUUCUCAAGCGCGGGGACGCGGUGUUCGUGACGUCGCGGGACGACGAUAAAGUGCGCGAGGUGGUCGAGGGACUUCGUCGAGAGUAUGGUGACGCGCGCGUCGCGGGCGUGGCGGCGGACGUGCGCAGAGCGGAGAGCGUCGAGGCGAUGGCGGCGGCGUGCUGCGAAGCCUUCGGCGGCGUGGACGUGUGGGUGAAUAACGCCGCGAGUAACGGGUACUCGUACGAUAAUUUGGAAGACGCGACGCCGGAGGUGCUGGAAGAAAUUAUUUUGACCAACUCGCUCGGGUCGUUGUUGUGCACGAGGCAGGCGAUAAAGACGAUGAAGGCGACGACGGGACGCGGGCACGUGUUCAACAUGGAGGGCGCGGGGAGCGACGGCGCGGCGACGCGUAAGUUUGCAGCGUAUGGGCACACCAAGGCUGGGAUGUCGCAGCUGGCGAAAACGAUGGCGGUGGAGCUCAAGGAUGUGCCCAUCGGCGUGCACACGAUUAGCCCCGGAAUGGUUUUCACCGAAUUGAUUUCGAGUGGGCGCGACGCGUUUGGCAGUCAAGGAAGAAUGUUUGUCAACGCGCUCGCCGAGCCGGCCGAGGUAGCGGCGGAGCAGAUCGUGGAUAAACUGAAAGUGGCGACGGUUUCUCCAGAUUCGGUGAAUAAGACGAUCGCGAUCAAGAUUUUAACGCCGGAUGUGGCGUUGCGCAAAAUGUUUGGUCGAUUCGUACUCGGCGAAAAUCGCGAUCGGUUUCAGAAGGAGUGA